AUCUAUAAUUCUUUCAACAAACUUUGCAUUUUAAUUUCAAAAUGACAAGUUCAAACAACUCUUUUGUUGCUAUAUUUUCUCUUCUUCUACUCUCUACCAUGCAAUGCCAUGCACAACUUUCUUCCACAUUCUACGACCGAACUUGCCCUAAUGCUCUCACCACUAUUCGUACAAGUAUAAGACAAGCAAUUUCAAGGGAACGUCGUAUGGCUGCAUCCCUCAUUCGUCUUCAUUUCCAUGAUUGUUUUGUUCAGGGUUGUGAUGCUUCUCUCUUGCUUGAUGAAACUCCAACGAUUGUCAGCGAGAAGACUGCGCUGCCAAAUCUUGGAUCAGUUAGAGGCUUUGGUAUUAUAGAAGAUGCAAAAAGAGAGGUUGAGAAAACAUGUCCUGGAAUUGUAUCGUGUGCUGACAUACUUGCAGUUGCUGCUAGGGAUGCAUCAACUCUCGUUGGCGGUCCAUCAUGGACAGUGAAACUCGGAAGAAGAGACUCAACCACUGCAAGUCAUACUCUUGCAGAAACUGAUCUUCCCGGUCCUUUCGAUCCUCUUAGUAGGCUUAUUUCUGGCUUUGCCAACAAAGGCCUUAGCACAAGGGAUAUGGUUGCUUUAUCAGGAUCACAUUCAAUUGGACAAGCACAAUGCUUCCUUUUCCGUGAUAGAAUUUAUAGCAAUGGAACAAAUAUUGAUGCUGGAUUUGCUAGCACUAGAAGACGUCAGUGUCCUCAAGAAGAUCAAAAUGGAAACCUAGCUCCACUUGAUUUGGUAACACCUAAUCAAUUGGAUAACAACUACUUCAAGAAUUUGAGGCAAAGAAAAGGUCUUCUUCAAUCGGAUCAAGUUCUUAUGAGUGGAGGAUCUACCGAUGAUAUUGUUUUAGAAUAUAGCAAUAGCCCUCGGGCAUUUGCCUCUGACUUUGCUGCAGCCAUGAUUAAAAUGGGAGAUAUUAGUCCUUUAACUGGUCAAAAUGGGAUCAUAAGAACUGUUUGUGGAGCUAUAAAUUGAUUUUUCAAAAGCCUAUUACUUGUAUAAUUGCUAACCUUAUUUGUAUUCAUUUGAUUUUUUCCCUAUAUAUUUUUUGUAUUGUUUCAGGAAUAUAAUGAAAUAAAACCUUCGUUAUGUUUU